UAUCUUUCCCCUGCCGGCAUGAUCCUCAUAUAAUAGGGUUAUUUAUACCCCAUAUUUAACAUAUCUACUUGUUAGGGUUAUUUAUACCCUACUGGCAUGAUGCUUAUAUAUUAGGGUUAUUUAUACCCUGUUUUUAUCAGGUUUACAUGUUGGGGUUAUUUAUAUUCUGUUUGUGCCUGUACAAUAUUCCACAGUGUAGCAUGAUCUUCUCGGCCAGACAAUGUGUACGCCUUGUCCUGUGCCAUUCAUAUGUUACGCACCGUUGUGUGAAUAAUUGUGAUCACACACACUUAAUGCUCUAUAUAGUUUACAGUGGUGCACAGAACGUUGUGUAACGUUUGAUCCCUGUAUCUGUGUACAGGAAUUUUUUGCUUAACGUUUGAAGCAUUACUUCCUACCAAUAGAAACUGAGAUGCCGCCCAAACGCCGCCUCCAACCUCCUCUCAGGACCACUACAUCAAAAAAUCGUAAAGUAACCAGUACCAGUACCCCUUCCCGCACCAAAACCUCUAUCAGGUCUAGUGUCACUGCACCUCUUAGUUCAUCGCCUCAAGCAGUGUCUGAAGAUCAGCUAAUCCAAAGGACUUCAGUUGCCGUCACUCAAGCUUUCAGAGAUCAGACCAGUUCUCGAGCUUCCUCUGAUACACCCAGCCCAUCUCUUCCUGCUGUUGCUCAACACCAACCUAGUUCGACGCCUUUGGUCCAACAAUCAGUUACAGAGGUAAUCCAACAAAUAACAGGGGUAAACCAGGCAACGGAGACAUCCAGUGAUGCAACUACAAGUAAGAGUCAAUUUGUGUCUGUUGCUGCUCCCCUAGGUUCCUCAGUCUCUGCUAAGACUAAGAAUAAGUUCUGGGGUAAUGAAUUCAUUGACCUGGGUUUGCUCUUAACUGUGCAACCACCUGAUGAGUCCUACAGUUUCAAACUCCAGAAAUCUGGGGGGCAGCAAACCUUAGCAAUAAUUCCUAACCAGAAAAAGCUGUGGAUCACUAACAUAGAACAGUGGACGAAUGCCUUCUUG